AUGUCGUCCUGGCUUACCACCACCGCAACGCUGCAAAACGUAACAGCUCUGCCUGCCGGCAUCACAUACGCCAAGGCUCUUGAGACUGUGCAGAAUCAAGACCGUCACAUGCAAUGCGACUCUCACAUGAUCAAGUACGAGCCCAUCCCUCGGCCGUCCAAGGUCGCGUCUCCCACGGUCCCAGCAGACAGAGGACUCGUCGCCGCCAGCGAGCCCCUGUAUUACAAGGUGACGGACAAGGUGCACACGCUGCCCGCAGGGCUGUGGGACUCCAAUGUCGAGAGCACGAAUGAGUUUGUGAAGCUGGAGAAGGGCAUGUUCGUGAGGCUGUACAGUCCGCUCAAUGUGGUGAUGGAGACGGUCUGGACGGUGCGAGAGACAGAGGGCGGCGGGCUCGAACUGGUCGAGGAUGUGCUGAUCAAGGCGUCUCGGUUGCUGGUCGGCACGGUGAAGAAUAUGUGCAGCACCAACUGGACGACAUUCCACGGCAAGAUGGUGGAACUGAUGAAGCAGAGCUCGUCACCAUAG